UACUUCACGGUUAUACUAAGGCACUCCAGCCCAUGACUUUAAUGUCACUUUCUCGGCCUCUGUUAAAAAUUAGGUAAUAAACCUGUGUUGCUUCUGCUGGUUCGGGAAGGGACCGACGAAAUGCCCACCUCCUCGUCCUGGCCCCGCACCUACCUCAACUGGAAGCCGGUGCUGCUGCUUUCGCUGAAGUGCGUCUACUUCAUGUUGGUGGUGAAGCUCAGCCAGAAGUGCCUGGAGAUGGCCGUCAAGAGCCGGAUGGCCCAAAGCUAAAGCCAAAGGCAUAGGCAGAGGCAUCAUCUGCACGAGGGAUUGCGGAGCAGAGGAGGAGCACUCACUUGAUGGCCACAUGACGAUUCGUGUAUGUCCCAUUUGGAGGAGCAGAGAAGCCGAUGAAUAAACGACAGUUGGGGAAUGUC